UGUCUGUGUCAAACGUGGAUCUCAGCCUCGGCUCAUCAACGUCUGCGGCUGCUGCUGUUAUUGUACGAUGAUGAGGAGGAUGAUGAUGAGGAGGAUGAGGUUGAUGCCUGGUGUCGGUGGUGGAUGCAUAGGAUGAUGUCAUGCAACUUUGCAACCCCACGUGGGGGCCGUCGCUCUCCGAUAGGCAGAUGUGACCGUGUUCCUGCCCAGUAAUCCGAUUGGACAGAUAGACGCUUUCACGGCAGUUCAGCUCUGCUGCUGCUGCCUGUGUGUGGCAACCGGGGUAAAGCUGGACAAGCGGGGAGAAACGCGAGAUUGUGGAGAGAGAGGGAGCACCGUGUUUCGCUUUUAAAGAAUCUCCAUCAUACUCGAAUCGGAAGGCAGAUUUUGGAGGCAUACGUUUGGUUGUAUUUUUUUCCCACCCCUUUCUUUGUGGAUUUUACCAGCUUCGCGAAGACGCGCAUUCAUCUCGGAGGUUGUGAAGAAAGUAGUUUGAUCAAGCUCGACCGCACCACAAAUCUCUCUCAAGCGCUCCACAGUCUGGCUGUGUGCGCUCGGGGCUGAAGGAGAGGGGAACAACGAACGCAAGAGAAGGAAAGGGAUGUUUGUGGAGAUCUACGCGUCGACGCGGAAGGAUUAAAUGCUCGUAUUAAAGUCGGUUCUGCUUUCCUGUCUCCGUGAACCGAAGUCGGACGGACGGCUAGGUCGCACGGAUUAAACGGCGUCGUUUUCACGACCUCCACUCCUCCCCCCUCGCCCUCUGUGUGAGCUGAGGCUGGUGUGGCUCUGAGCACGUCUGAGCCGUCUUACCAGAGGAGCUGCACACUGGAGACAUAAACAAAGGAUACUUCUGUACAAGAUGUAUCCACAAGGCCGACAUCCGCCUCCUCAUCAGCCCGGCCAGCCCGGCUUCAAAUUUACGGUUGCAGAGUCGUGCGACAGGAUUAAAGACGAAUUUCAGUUCCUGCAAGCCCAGUAUCACAGCCUUAAGGUGGAGUACGACAAGCUGGCCAACGAAAAGACAGAGAUGCAACGCCACUAUGUCAUGUAUUACGAGAUGUCAUACGGGCUGAACAUAGAGAUGCACAAACAGACGGAGAUUGCCAAACGGCUAAAUGCAAUUUUAGCUCAAAUUAUGCCUUUCCUGUCACAAGAGCACCAACAGCAGGUUGCUCAGGCAGUGGAGAGGGCCAAACAGGUGACUAUGACCGAGCUGAAUGCCAUCAUCGGGGUACGUGGACUUCCCAAUCUGCCUCUCACACAACAGCAGCUCCAGGCUCAGCACCUCUCCCACGCUGCUCACGGGCCUCCCGUCCAGCUGCCCCCUCACCCUUCAGGCCUUCAGCCACCUGGCAUCCCCCCAGUGACAGGGGCUGGAUCAGGCUUGCUAGCACUGGGCGCCCUGGGCAGUCAAGCACACCUGCCAGUGAAGGAUGAGAAGAAUCAUCACGAUCUGGAGCACAGAGAGACCGCGAAUAACUCAAUAUCACCAUCAGAGAGCCUACGCACCGCCAGCGAGAAACACCGCAGCUCCUCCGACUACAGUUUGGACUCCAAGAAGCGAAAAGUUGAAGAGAAGGACAGCAUGAGUAGAUAUGACAGCGAUGGAGAGAAAAGUGAUGACCUGGUAGUGGACGUGUCUAACGAGGACCCCGCCACUCCCCGCGCUAGUCCAGCUCACUCUCCACCUGAGAACGGCAUAGAUAAACCUCGACCUCCAAAGAAGGACACUCCCAACAGCCCCGCAUCGGUGGCAUCUUCUGGAAGCACCCCGUCGUCCAAGGCCAAGGAGCUCAGUCAUAAUGACAAAUCCUCCACGCCCGGCCUUAAAUCCAACACUCCCACCCCCCGUAAUGACGCUCCCACCCCAGGAACCAGCUCCACUCCCGGGCUCAGACCCAUCCUGGGCAAACCACCUGGCAUGGAGGCUCUCGCUGCCCCUGCUCUGCGCACGCCUCUGUCGAUCGCAGGCUCUUACCCCACGCCCUUUGCCAUGAUGGGCCAUCAUGAAAUGAACGGGGGCCUGACGAGUCCUGGUGUGUACGCAGGCCUUCACAUCUCCCCCCAGAUGAGCGCGGCAGCAGCUGCAGCAUAUGGACGCUCCCCUAUGGGGUUUGAUCCUCACACUCACAUGAGAGCUCCAGGCCUUCCAGCCAGCCUCACGUCCAUUUCUGGCGGCAAACCGGCCUACUCCUUCCACGUCAGCGCAGAUGGUCAGAUGCAGCCUGUGCCCUUUCCACCUGACGCCCUGAUCGGACCCGGUAUUCCCCGUCAUGCCCGCCAGAUCAACACACUGAACCACGGCGAAGUUGUGUGCGCCGUCACCAUUAGCAACCCAACACGUCAUGUUUACACUGGUGGCAAAGGCUGUGUCAAAAUCUGGGACAUAAGCCAGCCUGGCAGCAAAAGUCCUGUGUCCCAACUGGACUGUCUGAACAGGGAUAACUACAUCCGCUCCUGUAAGCUACUGCCUGAUGGUCGCACAUUGAUCGUCGGAGGCGAGGCCAGCACAUUGACCAUCUGGGAUCUGGCCUCUCAAACACCUCGCAUCAAGGCCGAGCUCACCUCCUCAGCCCCGGCAUGCUACGCCCUGGCCAUCAGCCCUGAUGCCAAAGUCUGCUUCUCCUGCUGCAGUGACGGCAACAUUGCUGUUUGGGACCUUCAUAAUCAGACUCUUGUCAGGCAGUUCCAGGGCCAUACUGAUGGUGCUAGCUGUAUCGACAUAUCCCACGACGGCACUAAGCUGUGGACCGGUGGUCUCGACAACACUGUUCGCUCCUGGGAUCUGAGGGAGGGCCGACAGCUGCAGCAGCAUGAUUUCACCUCACAGAUCUUCUCCCUGGGCUACUGUCCUACUGGAGAGUGGCUUGCAGUGGGCAUGGAGAGCAGCAACGUGGAGGUGCUGCACCAUUCAAAGCCUGACAAAUAUCAGCUCCACCUGCACGAGAGCUGCGUCCUCUCUCUGAAGUUCGCCUACUGUGGUAAAUGGUUCGUAAGCACUGGGAAGGACAAUUUGUUGAAUGCUUGGAGGACUCCCUAUGGCGCCAGCAUAUUCCAGUCUAAAGAGUCUUCGUCUGUCCUGAGCUGCGACAUCUCGACGGACGACAAGUACAUUGUGACGGGCUCUGGUGACAAGAAGGCCACUGUGUAUGAAGUGAUCUACUAAAGCAGACGGCUUCGGACGAAAGCAUGUCACGUUGAGGAACGUCGGACUUGGACUUCAUCUACCUUCCCUCGCAAAGACAGCAUGGAUGUUGCCUGCAGCCCCCCGCCCCGGGUGGAUGGGCAGGAAGUUUGGCGGUGCCAGACUGAACUGGACCUUAGUGCUGACCCUGGAUGCUGUGUUCUCCAGCUCUGUCCCUCCUCACUCAUACAGCUAACACUUGAACAGCGAGUGCAGUUCCCUAAGGCACUACGAAGAAAAUAAUGUCGUGUUGUUCUCUGUUUGUUGGAUAUUUCUUCUUUUUUUUUUUUCUUCUUUUUUUUUUUUCCUUCGUCCUUUUUAAUGUGGAGAUAAAGUUCCAUGACACAACUGGAAGCGGCGCUUCAUUUGGAGCUUUUCCUUGGAGGUCCUGUGAAAAGUGUACAUAAUGGAGUAAUAAAAGGCCUUUUAUAGAUUUAUAUUUUGGUGUCCAGUUACACUUGUGAUGGUUCUUUCUCGUUCUCUCCGUGAUUUUGCUGUCCCCUCUGGGGAUGGAAAUUAGAUUAGGACUUUGUAAGAGGAUAUCUAUUGCAGUUUUUUCCCCCCACUCUGCUUUCUUCAUGUUCGAUGUCCAGAAUGACCUUUUCGGAAAUCUAAUUUGGAUUUUUUUUUUCCUCUCCCUGACAAGAGCUUUUUUUUCUUCACUAUUUGCCGUAACCCAGACCUUUGUCCAACGGAUUUCAGCAAAGGAUUCUGGAAAAGUCCUCCUCCUCAGACUGGGACGUGGAGAAAAUCGGGUUGUCAUUUCUUCUGACCCUCUGGCUUUUCUAAGCAGAAAUCCAACUUUGACAUGUUCCUGAACAAUGGUCACUCUGUAACGAUAUUGUGCAUAUUAACAAACUGGUGGACGUUUUCCUGUGAGACACACCCCGUCACACCAGUCCAGUCAGAUCGCCCAACAAGUGUAUGAAGCGUCCUUUGUCCUCCUCCUCUCAGCGGAGUUUCUUAUCACUCUAUCAGAGUUAAUAACGACCUCUCUUUUCACCCCUUCUAAUGUGCAAGUGACUUGGUUAUUGCUCACGACAGUGGCCGACCGAACCGGUGCCACCUUCGACAUUUUGCGUAUGCCGUUUGCUUUCUUCGGUAUGUCACAAUAUUCCAUACGAAAGACUAGAGUCUCAGCAUUGACAUCCAUCAGACUGUGUAGCAAACACGUCAUCAUCCCUAAGGAAUGUACAGUUGACAGUUGUUGACAAAUCAAUAAACUGUUUUUAUAGAAAAA